AAAUUUAAUAAAUUAAUAAAGCUCUCUCAUUUUCUUCGUUUUUUUCCUCCUCUUCCGCUUCCUUCCCUUCUUUAUUCCUUUGUCCUCUUUCUUUGAAUGUUUCAGUUCCUGUCUGUUUCACCUCAUAAUCCCUCGUUUUUCCUUUCAGUUUCCAAGAAAUUUCUGUAGGGUUUUCCUUAGCUGGGCAUAAAAAAGAUGGGUAUAUAUCUCAGCACCCCCAAAACUGAAAAAUUCUCUGAAGAUGGCGAGAAUGACAGGGUUAGAUAUGGUUUAUCAUCUAUGCAAGGAUGGCGUGCUACUAUGGAAGAUGCUCAUGCUGCAUACCCUGAUCUUGAUGCUUCUACUUCGUUCUUUGGUGUUUAUGAUGGUCAUGGAGGCAAGGUGGUUGCAAAAUUCUGUGCCAAAUAUCUUCAUCAGCAGGUUCUCAAGCAUGAAGCAUAUGCAGCUGGGGACAUAGGAACAUCACUUCAGGAAGCAUUUUUCAGAAUGGAUGAGAUGAUGCGUGGACAAAGAGGAUGGAGAGAAUUAGCCAUUUUGGGCGAUAAAAUAAAUAAGUUUACUGGCAUGAUAGAAGGAUUGAUAUGGUCUCCAAGGGGUGGGGAUAGUAAUGACCAAGUUGAUAAUUGGGCCUUUGAGGAGGGCCCUCAUUCUGACUUUCCUGGACCUACUUCCGGUAGCACAGCCUGUGUUGCAGUUAUUAGAAAUAACCAACUUAUCGUUGCAAAUGCCGGCGACUCACGUUGUGUGAUAUCUAGAAAGGGUCAGGCAUACAAUCUCUCUAGAGAUCACAAACCUGAUCUUGAGGUCGAGAAAGAAAGGAUCUUAAAAGCUGGGGGGUUUAUACAUGCAGGACGUGUCAAUGGCAGUUUGAAUCUUGCAAGAGCGAUAGGUGACAUGGAAUUCAAGCAGAAUAAAUUUUUGUCUGCUGAAAAGCAAAUUGUAACUGCAAAUCCAGAUAUAAACACCAUUGAGCUUUGUGAUGAUGAUGAGUUCAUGGUUCUGGCAUGUGACGGAAUCUGGGACUGCAUGUCAAGUCAGACACUAGUUGAUUUCAUUCAUGACCAACUAAAAUCGGAAAGCAAGCUUUCUGUUGUUUGUGAGAGGGUACUUGACAAGUGCUUAGCACCAUCAACAGCCACCGGUGAGGGUUGUGAUAAUAUGACCAUGAUCUUGGUGCAGUUCAAGAAACCGAUCAAAUCCACCUCAUCCGCAGAGGAGCAAUCCUCGAAUUCCGAAUCCACUGAAACUGAACCAAAGCUAGAGGGAAAUGCAGAAAAGUAGUUGCUGCAACUGUUAGGGGAGCCUUGGAGGUGUCAGAUCCUCUGAUUGAAGAUUUGACGACCCUUUGGUUCCUCAAAUAUUGUGGUAUGCAUUUGUAGAUGGGUUAGAGAAGGAAUGAAUUGACAUAUAUAUAUAUAUAUAUAUAUAUAUUAUAUGCACCACCACAUUAUGACAAAAUAGCAUGUACAGAAUGUUUUCUGGGUCAUGGAUCUUGUGUUAAAAGAAUCUUUAUGUUGUAUUAUACCUUUUAGAUGAAGGACCACUUUAAAAGUCUUACUAAAACAUCUUAAAUUACCUUGAAGAGAUGUGAGACCCUGGUUGCAAUUACAGUUGGUGUGGUGUUAAAUUAUGACAAAUUCAUGAAUGAAAGCUUCAAUGGUAUUAUGGACUUCAA